CUUGGGGGCGGAACCGACUCCUUAGUCGGCUGCAGAGCUCUCCAGAGCUCCCGCCGCCGCGCUCCCGUCCGGGACCCCGCCACCCACCGGGCGGUGGGCACACCUUGGUCCCCGGCUCUGCAAAACUCCAAAGGUAAAUCCGCCUAGGACUCCAGCAGUUUGAGUGCUAGAGACCAACGACAGGGGCGGGCGGCUGGAUGGCGGCGGAGGGGAGAGUCGCGCGGCGAGUUUCCCAAGAAAGCUAAACUUGUCCGAAGUUUCCUGUGCAUCAGCUUGCACCCGGCGAAUUGGUGACGGGCUUUUCCCGUGCGAGUGGUCUUUGGGCGCAGGAGAGACGAGAGGCAAGACUAGCUGGGUGCUGUCCCUCGCGGAGCUGACACCCGAGAUCCUGCUAUGGACGGCGAGAGCGAAGUGGAUUUUUCUAGCAACAGUUUAACCCCUUUGUGGCGGAGGCGGUCAACCCCUCAGCCCCAGCUGCUGGGCCGAAGCAAGCCGAGACCCCAGUCGUACCAGAGCCCUAGCGGGUUGCUCAUCACGGAUUUCCCUGUGGAGGACCGAGGGACGCUCCCCGCCGCGCAGACUCACGCCCAGGUGCCCACCGCCUCGGACAGCAGGACGGUCCAGAGGAGUCCCCUGCUUUUGUGCGCCCAUCGGAGGGUCGUGGCCAAUGGGAGAACGGUCUCCCCGGAGUACAAGGCUGUCUCGCCUCGGCUCCGACAGCCCCAGUCAUCCCAGGCCCCUAAAGCGCCGUCGGGUGGCUCCCCGAAAUCCCCAGCGAAUGGAACCCUGACCUCGCCUGCUCAGCAGCCACAGGCGCUGCGCCCCCAGCGGACUUCUAAUGCAUCCGCCCCCUGCAGCCCGGAGCAGGGCCGGACUGGAUUGACAGCCAGCCCCCUGCCUUCGCCCGCUGCAAAUGGGCUUACCCCUAAUACCGAUUCCCUAGGCUCCCGUUUGCAAUCUGGCCAGAUAGCUAAGGAUCUUGAGCGGGAACCGUCGAGACUCUCUCCUGCGCCUCAGAAAAGAUCUUUGGAACAAAAACACACCCUCCAAAGGUUGUCCUCACAGGAGAACGAGCUCCUGGAGAAUCCUUCAGUGGUUUUGAGCACUAACAGCCCCGCUGCCCUCAAAGUGGGGAAGCAGCAGAUUAUUCCGAAGAGCCUGGCCUCGGAAAUUAAAAUAAGUAAGAAUAGCAAUCAGAAUGUGGAGCCGCACAAGAGACUCCUUAAGGUGCGCAGCAUGGUGGAGGGCCUCGGAGCGCCCCUGGGCCCCGCAGAGGACGAAAGUGAGACUGAGAACGACGUGGACAGCCCGGGGUCUCUGCGGAGAGGCUUGCGGUCCACGUCCUAUCGCAGGGCGGUGGUCAGUGGCGUUGAUUUUGACAGUCCUACCACCUCGAAGAAGAAGAACAGAAUGUCCCAGCCGGUUUUGAAAGCAGUGAUGGAAGACAAGGAGAAGUUUUCCAGUCUAGGAAGGAUAAAGAAAAGAAUGCUGAAAGGACAAGGACCAUUUGAUGGAGAAGAAAAUGCUGUCCUGUAUCAAAACUACAAAGAAAAGGCCCUUGACAUUGACUCUGAUGAAGAGUCAGAGCCCAAAGAACAGAAGUCAGACGAAAAAAUUGUGAUUCACCAUAAGCCACUGAGAUCCACGUGGAGCCAGCUCUCUGCAGUGAAAAGAAAUGGAUUAUCUCAGACAGUUAGCCAGGAGGAAAGAAAGAGACAAGAGGCUAUCUUUGAAGUCAUAUCCUCCGAACAUUCAUAUUUACUUAGCUUGGAGAUCUUGAUACGAAUGUUUAAAAAUUCUAAAGAACUGAGUGAUACAAUGACCAAAACAGAGAGUCAUCAUCUUUUCUCCAAUAUUACAGACGUCUGUGAGGCAAGCAAAAAAUUCUUUACAGAAUUGGAAGCAAGACAUCAGAAUAAUAUCUUCAUAGAUGACAUAAGUGACAUUGUGGAAAAACACACAGCAUCCACAUUCGACCCGUACGUGAAAUACUGCACAAAUGAAGUCUAUCAACAACGAACACUACAAAAAUUGUUAGCCACCAAUCCUUCUUUUAAGGAAGUAUUGUCACGAAUCGAGUCCCACGAAGACUGUAAGAACUUACCCAUGAUCUCUUUUCUCAUUCUCCCCAUGCAGAGGGUGACCCGCCUUCCCCUGCUGAUGGACACUAUCUGUCAAAAGACACCUAAGGACUCUCCGAAAUAUGAAGUCUGCAAAAGGGCCUUAAAGGAAGUAAGCAAGCUGGUUCGACUGUGCAAUGAAGGAGCCCGGAAGAUGGAAAGGACCGAAAUGAUGUACACGAUUAACUCUCAGUUGGAAUUUAAAAUUAAGCCUUUCCCUCUAGUGUCCUCUUCCCGGUGGUUGGUAAAGAGAGGUGAGUUGACAGCCUACGUGGAAGACACCGUGCUUUUUUCCAGAAGGACAUCCAAACAGCAAGUCUACUUCUUUCUCUUUAACGACGUGCUCAUCAUCACCAAGAAGAAGAGUGAAGAAAGUUACAACGUCAACGAUUAUUCCUUAAGAGAUCAGCUGUUGGUGGAAUCUUGUGACAAUGAAGAGGUUAAUUCUUCUCCGGGGAAGAACAGUUCCACAGGGCUUUAUUCAAGACAGAGCUCUGCCAGUCACCUCUUCACACUGACUGUCCUUAGUAACCAUGCGAACGAGAAGGUGGAAAUGCUGCUAGGAGCUGAGACGCAGAGUGAUCGAGCCCGCUGGAUAACCGCCCUGGGACACAGUAGCGGGAAGCAGCCUCCUGACCGGACCUCACUAACCCAGGUGGAAAUCAUUAGAUCGUUUACUGCCAAGCAGCCAGAUGAACUCUCCCUGCAGGUGGCAGAUGUGGUCCUCAUUUAUCAGCGGGUCAGUGAUGGCUGGUAUGAAGGAGAAAGACUGCGAGAUGGAGAAAGGGGCUGGUUUCCUAUGGAGUGCGCCAAGGAGAUAACAUGUCAAGCUACAAUUGAUAAGAAUGUGGAGAGAAUGGGACGUUUGCUAGGACUGGAGACCAACGUGUAGCCACUCUGAUGGCCUUUCGUUACUGCGAGACUUGCACUUCAUCAUGGCGGGCUGGUUGGUUCUGGGCUGGUUUUCUUGUUAAUUUAACACAGCCUAUUUAAUUAAAAGAAUGAAAACACUUGCCUUUAAGCUUGCCAGGUGGUUAUGCUCUCUCAGGAGGACAGUGACUGGAUACAGUUAGUCACGCAGCUCAGUUUGUACAUGACCCUCUUGCAAACCUCUAGAGAAACAGAAUAGCUGGGCAGUUCACUUCAGGGAUCAGGUGGCCUCAGCUCCUACUAUUUGCACCUUUUCUGGCAUUAGAAAAAGGUAUAAGGGAUGCUGUAUCCUGAUUUUCUCUAUCUUCAUGCAACCAAGAACAUGCUAUCCUUUUUUAAACAUCUCCCAUAUAUGGGUCUCUUAGUAUUAGCAAGAUUUUAUAUCUUUAAGAAAUGCCCAGUUUUGUAAAUAUUUUUUGUUUCACCUCUUGUAUUUUUGAUCUGAUUAUAAUGUUAUGUUGACUUCAAAAAGAACUGGUAGAAUUCUAGAAGUGAGCUAAGUUUUUCUAAACCUCUUCCCAGAAACGGGAAAUUGACACUUGAAUUUUUGCCACCUCUUUUCUCAUUAAAAGGGAAAGUAAGGAGCCUUACCUUAAAGAUUAAAAAAAAAAAAAAAAAUCCAUCUCACCCAAUAUUGGUCUUACAUAAGUAUAGCCAAAUGAAACUUAAGCUGCUCUAACAACAUAGAACUUAGAUGGUUCACAUGUGUGAGAAAAUCUUGAAUAUAAGACAGGGGUCUUACCUUUAAAAAUAAUCCAAAAUGAGUUGAGAAGCUGACGUGGGGCUGCUUUGCCUUCAAUAAUGCUUUUUUUUUUUUUUUUACUACUUCUAGAAAUAGUAAAAAAAAAAAAACUAUUUCAAGGAAAAGACAAUUAGACCUUAAAAGGUAUCAAGAAGCCAGCACGGUACUUAAUUGAAACAUAACAUUUUGGGAACCCCUUUUAUUUGCACUGAUGGCCUCGCUUGCUGGGUUUGGAGUCUCUCUUUACUGCAGGUGUCUGCAGAACUUUAUUUUUUCCUAUGGUUCAAGGAGACAGAGAUGUCAUGUUAAAAGCAAUGUUUCGUAAAGAGGGAAUUGCUGGUUUGGAACACUGAGAGGGCAGAAGUGAUUUUUACUGGUAGCUAUGUUCCCUCUCUAUUCUCUUCCACAAAGAGAUAAAACCUGGCAAAGGAUACAUUAUGCAAGGACUCAGAUCAGUGUGUGCCAUGUCCCAGAUACUGUCUGCUGACUGGUUACUAAAUUGUGAAUAAAGUUGCAGAAGCCCAGUGCAGAGGUAAGUAUACUUGGCUUAUAUGCCCCGCGCUCUACCACUUCGGCGAGCCAGGGAGGGCCUUCUCACCUCUGGAUGGCUUUUUCUCUCUGCAUCCAUUUUUGGGUGUAAAAUACAUGCCAGGCCCUCAGUUCCCUAAGGUCUGGGCCAGUCUGUCAAUGAAGUAAUAGCAGUGAGCCACAGGGAGAAUGUCUCGGGAUUGGUAAAACAAGUCUGUCUCCUCUUUAAUGCCACAAACUUUUUGGAGGAGAGGCUAACAAGUUGAAAUUCAAUCUAAUGUGAUGUUUUUCAUUUAGAAAGGAAGGUAAAUUUGUUGCUUUGCAAAGGGGUCACUUUGUACUAUUUUUGCUAAUACCCAGUUGGAGCUAAAAAGCAGCCAUACAAAUCCUGUGAAUUAAUUUAUAAGCAGAGAUGUUAAACAGUUUUGGAAGUCUGCGCAUCUUAUAAAGCAAAGCCUUAUUUAGCGAGCAGGUUAAUCCUGUUACUAGGCAAAGUGUUGUUUUAUGGCAGUUAUUUAACACAUUCACAAUGUUUUAAGUUUAAUCAUGAAUUGUCCUUUUUCCAUACCACAGUAUUGUUUUCCAACCUAGUUUAGUUUCUGUGAAUAGCUUCUCUGAAUUGUACCAUGAUUUCAUUCAGUGACCUGUGGAGAAAAAUAUUCAUUUUUGUCCCCAUGAAUAGAGACUGCUAGUACACUUUUUGUGAAAUAUGUGAAUUUAUAAAGGUUUUGUACAUACUUG